AUGGACAAGAGGCAACUGAUCGGUAGUGCGACCCGAUACAUCGCUGGAAGGCACGCGGUCCAGACAGUGUACUGGAGGAAAUCAGCGGACGGAAAGAACGGCCUGUUGAAGACUUCAAAGUUGACCUUUUUCGGGAAGAACGAGGGCCCCAACAAAGUGGACAGCGGUGAAAUGUUCGCCCGUGUACGCGACAAAUACAUG